UUGGGUUGGACAGUGCAACUUGAAUCUGCCUGCAAGGCCCGUAUAUAUAAACCAAGAGGACCCUCCGUCAAAAUACUCACAGUUCGACAGCAAAGCCAAGGUAAAAGUCAGAAUCAAUGGAGCUCCCCUCUUCUUCUUCUUCCCUGCUACUCAUCCUGCUUCCUCCCGUACUGUACAUCUCCUACCACCUUGCGAGGACCCUCGCCAAGAAGAAGCCCGCCACCCACGGCCUCAGGAGGCACCCGCUGCUCGGCCACCUCCCGGCGUUCCUCAAGAACCGCGACCGCUUCCUCGAGUGGUCCACCGAGCUCAUCGUCGCCAGCCCCGACCUCAGGAUGGGCUUCUGGAUCCCCGGGAUGACCACCGGCAUCGUCACCGGCAACCCGGCCGACGUCGAGCACAUCCUGCGCACCAACUUCGCCAACUACCCCAAGGGCGAGCGCGCCAUCUCCAUGCUGGUGGACUUCCUCGGCCACGGCCUCUUCAACUCCGACGGGGAGCAGUGGCUGUGGCAGCGCAAGAACGCCAGCCUAGAGUUCACCACGCGCUCGCUCCGCGGCUUCCUCGUCGACUCCGUGCAGGCCGAGGUCAGGGACAGGCUGCUCCCGCUGCUGCGACGCGCCGCGGCGACCGGCGUGGUGCUCGACAUGCAGGACGUGCUCGAGAGGUUCGCCUUCGACACCAUCUGCAUGGUCUCGUUCGGGCACGACCCGUGCUGCCUCGCCGACGGCGGGGCUUUGACGGAGGGGAAGUCGGACUUCAUGCGCGCGUUCGGCGAGGCGCAGGACCUCAUCGUCAGCCGGUUCCUGGACCCCGUCGCGGCCUCGUGGAAGAUCAACAAGUGGCUCAACGUCGGCAAAGAGCGCCGCCUGAAGAAGGCCAUCGCCGAAGUCCACGGGUUCGCCAUGGAAAUCGUCCGCGCCCGCCGUCAAAGCGCGUCUGGGGAAGAAAACAGAGACGACGUCCUGUCAAGGUUCGUGGCGAGCGACGAGCACGGCGACGAGGCGCUCCGGGACAUCGUCCUCAGCUUCCUGAUCGCCGGCCGCGAGACCACGUCCUCGGCGCUCACGUGGUUCUUCUGGCUCGUGUCGUCCCGGCCGGACGUCGUGGCGCGCAUCGCCGACGAGGUCCGCUCCGUCCGGUCCAUGACAGGCACUCGCCCCGGCGACCCGUUCACGUUCGACGCGCUCCGGGACAUGCAGUACCUGCACGCCGCGCUCACCGAGUCGAUGCGGCUCUACCCGCCGGUGCCGAUCGACUCUCAGUCGAGUGCCGCGGACGACACGCUCCCCGAUGGCACGCAUAUUGGCGCCGGCUGGAACAUCACGUACAGCGCGUACGCCAUGGGGCGGCUCGCGGCCAUAUGGGGCAAGGACUGCGCGGAGUUCAAGCCGGAGCGGUGGCUCGGCGAAAAUGGCGCGUUCCGGCCGGAGAGCCCGUUCCGGUACACGGUGUUUCACGCCGGGCCGAGGACGUGCCUCGGGAAGGAGAUGGCCUACGUGCAGAUGAAGUCGAUCGCUGCUAGUGUGCUCGAAGAAUUCACGGUCGACGUCGUCCGCAAGAACGCCGGCAGCAGCGCCCCGGAGCACGUGCUCUCGGUGACGCUCAGGAUGAAGGGCGGCCUGCCUGUGCAAAUAAGGAGAAGGGUGGAAGCGUAGGACGAGCAACUUGAUGCUGGGUCUUCAGAGCAGUGGCCAGUGGGCUAUUUAACAAUAAUGUCUGUAAUUUUACGUCAUAAAAAUGUCUGUAAUUUGAUUCUGUUGUACAUUUUUCUAUUCAGAAUAAACGGAUGGUCCAUUUUGGCUGUGUUCGUAA